AUGGCAUUUGACUCAACAACUGGUUGCUUUCAGAUAUAUGUAGAAGGCAGAGAAGCUUCAACUCUUUCACAUGUCAUAAGUUAUUGCAUAUUGCUUUUUUUUUCUCACAACAUUAGUGUGUGGGGUUUUAGGGGGGAUAGCGGAGUAGAGUCAAAGACAGAAAUGAGAAAAAAAGCAAGCAUCUGA